AUGAUCAUUUCCGAGACUCACACCGUCGAGAAUAGCCACACAACUACGUUGGAUGUCUCUACUCGCGGAGCCACGUCUACCGUGGAUGAUAGUACGACAGCGGGUACAACUGAAGUCUAUACACCGACGUCAGGAAUAUCAUCUUCCCCGACUACAGUGACUAUAGAUGCCACCGAGAUUAGCAUCACGGCCGACGCCACGACAGCUGAAUCAACUACAACUUCAGACCCAACUUCGAGCGUAACAGCACCCGAGCCUUUCGAGACGUUCGACGUUCUUGCUGUUGGAGGCGGCUCCAUUGAUGGAAAAUACAUCAGGGGCGUGGCAAAUGAGGGCUCGAUGAUGGGUUGGAAUCUCCCAGACAGCGGAAUAGGCUACAUGCCUACAUUUAUCAUUGAGCAGGGCACAGACUAUGCCAAAGCGACGCGCAACAAUCUUCACCUAUGCAUUGGAUACGGAGACGGUAGCGAGCCCAAUUAUGUCGCGACAUGCGACCGUGAUACCAACGGUGGCCCUACCACUGGGUUCCUCACAUGUCAGCAGACCACCCAUCGAAAGCUCAAGUGUUCUGUGCCAGGGGUUCAGUGCGUCUUCGGGCCGGAAGCGGUCUGCACGCCCACUGGUGGAGACUUUGAUCGGUUUUACACUUAUUCUGGGCGAUCGGAUGGACUUUGGCUUGCGAUCGAUUCGAGCAGCAACCCUCCUACUGAUAGCGCCUAUCAGCCCAUUGAGCUUGGCAUUACCCCAAAUCAGUCCAAGUAG